CGCUAAAGCUAUUUAAGUUUGUGUCUUUCAUGCGGGGUGGGGCAUCGAGGACGAGCUAUUUAGGCAAGGUUUCUUCUAUCUCGCACCGUUGUGCGACGUCGAGGGAUUAAAUUGGACAGCAGAGUGAACCACGCGGCAAAUACCAACCUCAGGUCGUCGCAGUGGCUGUGGCCCAGUCCGUCAUGACAGAAUGGCGACGCAAGCGGAAAACUACCAACAGCUUCGUCGAUGACACAGUCUCGGAUUUCAAUGCUGUCGACCCCGCUCAAACUCGCAGUCAGAGCGAGUGUAGCGAGCAGGAGACCAGAGUUCGGCAGGAAUCGUGGAUGUCCAAAGUCUCCCUAGCCAUGAGCUCUCGGAUUUUCUCGGGAGGGAAGAAACUCGGCGGUUCUCGUAGCACUCAAGUGACACCUGUCGGUAUGGUCCAAAGUGACACUAGCAGGACCUCGGAAGGCCGAAUGUCCUUGCAGGAAACAGAGUUACCGCGCACAACUCCCACACCCUUCAUCGGUCAAUCAACACUGCGUCAAGUUGCGUCGGAGAGAGCCUUCAGCAGUUCAACCAAUCUACCCAGCACUUCUUCAGUAGUAUCAACGUUCGAUCCGUGUCCAAGCGUGACUUGUGAUAUCGCACUAGACGAUAGUGAUGACAACCUUCCAGAUAGAUCUCGCUGGCUCUCAAAUGGCUCUGGAUAUCGCCGUGGUGACAGUCUGCGGCAGAGCAAUGGUCGCAGAAAAUGUUCUAGUACUGUCGUGCACAAAGUGAGACCGCGAUAUUAUGAUCACGAAAGCGAUGAAGAAGAUGUGAUGAGGACUCGAGUGACUACAAUUGGUACAUACUCGCGUGGGAGUUGUGAAGAUACCGACUCGGAGAUUAAUGUGCAGGACGCAGCACCAAUUCUGAAAGGAUUCUUCAGUAAAACCGUGUCUGUAAGCAAAGAGCAGCGCCAACAGCAGCGUCAACAGAAGAGAGAAGCACUCUAUCGAGAAAGCAAACAACGACAGGAUAAACUUCGUGAACAAACUGAAUGUGAACGAGUAGCAAAUGACGAAUCAAUGCGUAAACGGAAGGCGGAGCAAUUACGUCGUCUAAAUCAACAACGCAGGAUGGAGUUGUUGCGAAUCGCUGCCAGUGCCCGGAAAGAUCUACUCGAACGCAUUCAAGAUGAUAAAAAAGUGUACCAGACCGAACGAGAACGCUGGGAAAAUGAUUUUGAGGAUGAGAUGCGAGUGCUUAGUGCUGCAUUCCGGAAGGCUCAUGCCUCUGAUGAAAACCGACCGAUGACUACGGCAGGACUCGCGGUACCAGAAGCACUUUCACAGUUAGAACGCGACGCAUCCAACUUCGAAAAACGAGUGAAGACAGCUCAGCCAGCUCUUGCUAGUAUGACUCCUCGACAACGCAGAUCAGAACGUCCCAGCACCAGCGGAGUCGUUGCAAAUAGCAUCGAUAAGCACCUACCGCCAUCUUCAUUGUUUGAGUCCUGCGAGGUGUUAACAUUAGAAGACUCCAAAGAAGUAUUAGACCUGUUUGGAAACGAUGCCAGCGCUAGCGAUCUCUUCCCACCCAAGGAUGAGGAAAAGUCCAAUCUCGACAUUAACCACCUUCUUGACGAGCGCGAACAACUACUCGAGCGCCUCGCUGCUGUCAAUCGCAUGAUCCGGUCUCGACAGCAAAAUAUCUACAGUCAGUGUCCACAAUAAUUCUUUUUUUUUCAGUGAACAAAUAUCAUAUGUAUCCCAACUUUUGG